AUGUCCAUUGCAAUCUGGCCUCCCGUCUCGCCUGAAGAGCUCAGGCUUAAAGCCUCCGAAAGCCAGGCGCGCGAGUUGGAUUGGAUCGUUAACGAAACGCUCGAGCUGUGUCGCGAUCUCAAACAUGGCCUUGAGGAUUGUUAUGCGCUUCUCGCGCCGAUCGAUCCCGGCAGUACCCUCGUUAUAAGCACGCCGCGCAACGAAAAAGUAAAGGGGACGCUCACGCGUGUCGGCACACGCAUCGUUAAAGGCACAAUACAUCUUCAGCUUCGAACGAUACACCCACAGACGAUUUCCCUAUCGCAAAACGAGGCCAUUCAUAUACAGGGCCUUGAUGCUCUACAUAACCAUCUUAACCAAUCCAUCGACUUACUCGCCAUAACCUUAUCCAGGCCACAGGACGCACGCUCUCUCGCCUCUACUCUAAGCAUUCUCGCCGAUUCUAUCAAUGACUCUUCAAUUCUUCUCAAGGGCCCUCCCUUGACGGAUUCAGAUCCUGCUUGGCAGAUGUGCUCAAGUCCGCCGUACCAAUUUACUCCCUCGAUCGGACCAAACCUCAGCUUUUACCUCGGACUGCAAGAAAGCAGCAUAAUUCUCUGGCUACGUGCCCUUGAACCCGUCCACGCCCCUGUCCAUUUCGGCACCAAGCUUGGUCUGGCAUUCGGAACUGUCCGUCGCUUGGAGCAUGAUGAGAUGGACACUGUAUUCCGCUACAACACGCAGGGGUCUAAUGUUGGUGGCUCGAUGCGGGGCAGUGCCCGCCAUACCCCGGAGCCAGGAUCAUCGGCUGCUGGCGUGAAUAGCAAUGAUAUUCAGGAAGUAUAUGUCCGGGAAAAGGUGCGCGUCGAAAGUGCAGAUCCGAGCCUCAUAUCCAUCCAGUCCAAGCUUAGCUACCUCAGUCACAUGCUUGGUCAAGCAAGAAGGAACAUUGCAGAAGUCCUGAGCGUAGACUCGUAG